AUGACAUCUACUAAGCUUCUUCUUACCGGAGCGACCGGAUAUAUCGGGGGAACUGUACUCACUCAGCUGUUGAACUCGACUAUCCCCCAAAUUCAGUCCUUGGCCAUUUCCGUUCUGAUUCGGAAAAAGGAGCAGGCCGACAUCUAUCAAUCCAAAGGAGUCACUCCCGUCAUCUUCAAUGGUCUAGAGGCAACGGAGGAUAUCCGACGCAUCGCCAGCGAACAUGAUAUUGUCAUCCAUGCCGCCGAUUCAACGAGUCCUGCGGCGGCCGAGGCUUUGAUUCUAGGUCUUGCAGAUACCCAAGACAGCAGCAAACCCAAGUACUUUCUCCAUAUCAGCGGAACCUCGAGUCUGGGCGAUCGACCUGUCACGAAACAGAUCUUGGAGUCUAGAGUCUUCUCGGACAAAGACGACAUUUACAGCUACUUGAAAGGACGCGAGGCGAUCGAGUCUUACGCCCAACGCGCCACCGACAUCAAGACCGUGGAGGCUGGAGAGCAAGCAGGUGUCAACACCUUGAUUGUGAAGGCCCCGCUUAUUUAUGGUCGGGGCACGGGGCUCUUCAACCAAAAGUCGUUCCAUAUCCCCGCACUUAUUCAUGGAGCCGUUGCUGCCGGACAGGCCGAGUACGUGGGUGACGGGGCUGGGGUUUGGGAUUACGUUCACGUCGUCGAUCUCGCCGAGCUGUUUGAGCUUCUCGUCGCUCGCAUCCUGCGAGGGGAGCCCGUCUCCACCGGCCGACAGGGAUUCUACUUUGCCGAGACCGAGAAGCAUUCUUGGAAGCACUUGGCAGAGGGGAUAGCGAAGGCUGGCUACAGCCUGGGACGGUUGACCUCACCGGUGCCACAAGCAAUCACCCUGAAGGAAGCUGCCGAGAAAUAUACGGGCGGAGAUGAGCACAUAGCGGAGGUGGGCCUGGCGUCAAACUCUUCCACUUCCGCCCAACGAGCUCGGGAGCUAGGCUGGAAGCCAACGACCAGCAUUGAGCUUCAACAGACUCUACAAGAUGAUUUCACUCUCCUGUUUGGUCGCGCAUGA